AUGUCAUUCUCAAACUUGGUCUCCGACAUUGCCUUCCGUGAUGCUCGUCUUGAUGAUGGUAGCUCACAAAUAUCCCACGCCCGAUCUCAUCGAUCCCAUGCCACCGCUCGGUCAUAUACAAGCACCGCAGCAACAAGUGUCAGCAUCUCUGGCGAAGUUUCUAGCCAGCUACACUCUGGAUAUAGUCACCCCCUGACCCGAGCAUGGCAGGCUGAUAGGCAAUUGACAAAGGACAUGCUCAUCUAUCCGUUGUUUGUCACAGAUAAUCCCGACGAAGAGACGCUAAUUCCUUCCUUGCCAAAUCAAUACCGUCGCGGGAUCAACCGUCUGGUCCCCUUCCUUGCUCCCCUUGUCCGGAAGGGUCUGCGCUCAGUGAUGUUGUUCGGUGUACCCCUGAAUCCAUCCGCCAAAGACGCGCUUGGAACUGCCGCAGAUGAUCCCGAUGGUCCUGUGAUUCAAGCGAUUCGCCUUCUUCGAUCCCGUUUCCCUCAACUAUAUAUCACGACCGAUGUAUGCCUGUGUGAGUAUACGUCGCACGGUCACUGUGGGAUUCUGCGAGAAGAUGGAACCCUCGACAAUGCGCAAUCCGUUGAUCGGAUUUCCGAUGUAGCAAUUGCCUAUGCAGCGGCCGGAGCUCACUGCGUGGCUCCCUCAGACAUGAAUGAUGGGAGAAUUCGAGCGAUCAAGCUCAAGUUGAUUGAAGCCGGUGUGGCGCACCGCGUACUUUUGAUGUCUUACAGUGCUAAAUUCAGCGGCUGUUUGUAUGGACCCUUCCGCGAUGCGGCUGGCUCUUGUCCGUCAUUUGGGGACCGCCGGUGCUAUCAACUUCCCCCGGGCGGUCGCGGUCUUGCUCGACGUGCGAUACAGAGAGACGUGGCCGAAGGCGCUGAUAUCAUCAUGGUGAAACCCGCCAGCAGCUACCUUGACAUCAUCCGGGAUGCCAAGGAUUUAGCCCCGAUCUUCCAGUGGCGGGCUACCAAGUCAGCGGCCGGCGUGUUCAACCUCAAGGACAUGGCCUUUGAGAGCACUGAGGGCAUUCUGAGAGCAGGCGCUGGGAUCGUGGUCAGUUAUUUUGUUCCCGAGUUCCUCGACUGGUUGUAG